CCGGCGCCACAACACGAAGCGACGCGAGGCGCACCACGCCGCCGCCUCCGACCUUGCGUCGCCAACGCCCAAGGCGAUGCAGGCGCUGCCCCACGCCGUAUAAGAGCCGCCGCCGCUCUGCACCAGCCAAUAGCCGACCGGCCCACCAUGCAGCCCAACACCCCAGUAGCCGCAGCUGUACUCGCCGCCACCGCCGUCUUCGCGGUGUUGCUGGGAGCGGCAGUCUGCGUGCCCCAUCCAGAGGCAGAGGAGAUGACGCCGUCGCUGGAGCUAACGGUGGCGGCGAUGCUGCCAGUGGGGGCGGCUCGUGGGGGCGGCGUUCCGGAAGCAGAACGGGGCCAGGUGCUGGAGCUGCUGGCCGGAGCGCUCGCCUCCCGCCUCUCCGAGGCGCUCCACCGGGGGCGGCACGGCUGCGGCGGCAACUACACGGCGGCCGCGCUGGAGGCGGCCAUGAAGGCGCUGCUGCCCCCGGAGGCAGAGGACGCCGGCUGGACGCAGGAGGCGGCGCCGACUGGCUGGCGGCGGCUCGUUACGCACCGCCUGGUGCGACUCAGCCCGCCCCCCGCCGAAGGCAGGCUGCUCUUCGACGACAUCGACCUCUCCUACCAGUCCAUCAUCACCCUCAUCGUCGAGAUGUUCGCCUCCAUGGUGGGCCUCGGUUGGGGCGCCUUCUCCACCUUCGCCAGCGGCUAGACGUGGCCGCUGACGAGGUCUCACUCUCACCCUCACUAUCAUGUAUCUACCAUCUCUAAACGACAGUUAUUUCCACUACCAGCCAAUAAAUAUAUCAUCUUACCAGUUUAUUGCCAGUAUCACCAAUUAACGUUCUACUCGGCUGGCCUAUGACUCCAGCUGCCUCCACGUCUAUCGUGCUUAUUUUGUCUGCUGGUCGCCUUCUAAAGGCUGCCUCCCAUAUAGCUGCUCUCUGUAAGAUGUGCCCAAACGAAAAGGAGACUACAGAUACACGUGAAGAACAAUUUAAUUGCAGAUGAUAAUACAUACGCGUAUCAUAUCAUCAUGAAAAGCCCCAUCUAUCGAUCAGAGUACUUGGUGAU